AACAUUCAACCAUUUAUUUCGUUUUACAACUGAUUCAUGUACCUUACGUUUAACCAUUGAAUGUACAAUUAUAUAAAAUAAAUCGUUUUCCUUAAUUAUUAUUACGUGACUUUUAUUUCGCACGUUGUACAUAUACACAAUAUUCAAAAUUGCUUUUUACACAAAUCUCUUCGAUGUAGAAGGAUUUUGAAUAAACGAAUUAUGUUGUAAACUUUAAUAUUAAACAUUUUCUACAAUAAUUGUAUUUUAAAUUUUGUUCUACACCUUAUAUAUUUAUAUAAUCAUAACCAAAGCAUAAUGUAGAACAUAAAUUGACCACAUUUUAAGAAAUAAAAUUCCCGUAAGUUAUAAUUAAAAGGAAUGUAAUGGAAAACUUAAUUUGAAAGUUGAAAGAAAUUUGAAUGUUAGAAUCGAGUCGUAUGGUACUAUCGAUAUAUCUCGAGAAACUCGAGUCGACAAUCGACGCAGUCGGUAAGGUCGACUAGCUGCAACAGUCAAUUGUGUAUGGUUGCGUGUGUGCGGAUUGCACUGCCGCUUCAAGCAGCAGUUUUAUUUACUAAUUAGAGUGCCGAUGUGCGGUAGGAAGUGUUAAAUGUACGUGGAAAAUGUCGAAUCCGGGCGGUAGCAGGAGGAAUGGGGCCAUGAAGAUUCGUUUAACGAUUUUAUGCGCCCGUAAUCUUGCCAGGAAAGAUCUUUUUCGCUUACCAGAUCCUUUUGCUAAAAUAACUGUUGAUGGUUCUGGUCAAUGUCACAGUACACACACGGUCAAGGCAACUUUAGAUCCCAUGUGGAAUCAACAUUAUGAUCUGUACAUUGGGAAAGAUGACGGUAUAACCAUAUCAGUUUGGAAUCAUAAGAAAAUACAUAAAAAGAAAGGUGGAGGUUUUCUAGGAUGUGUACGGAUAUUAUCCAAUACAAUUCAAAGGCUUAAGGACACAGGAUAUCAACGGUUAGACCUUUGUAAAGCACAUUCAGAUGAUACUGAUGUUGUUAAAGGAGAAGUUGUUGUAUCUCUUUUAUCGCGAGAUGGUCAUAAUGGUGCUGUAAGCAAUACAGUAGGUCAUAAUGCUGUUGUUGAUGUUCUUGGAGACCUGAGUUGUCCAACUGAUUUACCAGAUGGUUGGGAAGAAAGGAGAACUCAGAACGGACGCCUUUACUACGUUAAUCAUUACACUAGAACUACACAAUGGAUUCGUCCAAAUACUCGACCUAAUAAUAGUAUUAUAUCAACUACUCCCGAGCCACCGCCACUACCUUCUUCUGAGCCUACUUCACCCAGUGGUAGCGGGAGCCCUUCGAACUUAAGAACUGAAAGCCCUACUAGAUGUACACCCGAGUGGAACGGAGAUGGAACACCUAGUAGAACACCCAGUAGGGAUAGUUCUACUCCAAAUACACCCAGGAAUACACCGACUCAGCAACUAAAUAGGAAUCAACACAAUACGAGAAAUGCAACGCCGGCAUCGUCAAGGGAACGACGGCCGGCAAGAGCAAACGAUGAACAAAAUGGUAAUCAAAAUGGGAAUGUUAGACCCGAUCGUGGUGUUAAUAACGGUCAAUUACGGAGGCCUAAUCGAAAUAACAGAAAUAGGAACAGUGUAAUGGUAAGUAACGAGAGGAGGUUUGAUCCGCCCCAGCCACCAGAUUUACCAAGAGGUUAUGAAAUGAGAAAAACGCAACAAGGACAAGUGUACUUCUAUCACGUGCCUACUGGUUCGUCUACAUGGCAUGAUCCUAGAAUACCUCGCGAUUUACCAGCAAAUGAACUGGCUAACGAGCUUGGACCAUUACCCAGUGGAUGGGAAAUGCGACAGACUCAAAGUGGUCGGGUUUAUUUUGUGGAUCACAAUAAUAGAACUACACAAUUUACCGAUCCCAGAUUGUCGAGUCAAAUUAUAAGUAACAUAUUAAAUAGACGACAGAAUAGUACAACUAAUCAAACAACAAGUAGUUCAAAUAAUUCACCUGCACCUACACCUGCAAAUGAACCUGCAGAAGCAGAAACACCCAUAUCACCAAAUAUUCAAUGCAAUACAGUUCAACCGAGGCCAAGAACAGAAAAUGGCAGUAACAAUAAUUCCCCGCCGGUGGAAAAUACGUCGGUUCAGAAUGCUCAGACGGUAUCAGAAUUACCGAAGGAACUGAUGGACAAUGAACUUUUGCCGAAAUAUAAACGGGAUUUAGUGGCAAAGUUGAAAUGCUUGAGAGCAGAAUUGAAUACUCUUCAACCACAAAGUGGUCAUUGCAGGCUCGAGGUAUCAAGGAACGAAAUAUUUGAAGAAUCGUACAGACUGAUUAUGAAAAUGCGACCGAAGGAUAUGCGAAAAAGACUUAUGGUAAAAUUUCGCGGAGAAGAAGGCCUCGACUAUGGCGGAGUAGCACGAGAGUGGUUAUAUUUAUUAUCACACGAGAUGUUAAAUCCGCAGUACGGCCUUUUUCAAUAUUCAAGAGAUGAUAAUUACACGCUUCAAAUUAACCCAGAUUCUGGAAUAAAUCCAGAACAUCUAUCUUAUUUCCAUUUUGCUGGCAGGAUAAUAGGAAUUGCUGUUUUUCAUGGUCAUCACAUAGAUGGUGGUUUCACAACCCCAUUCUACAAGAUGUUGCUUAAUAAAGCAAUAACCCUUACUGAUAUAGAGGGCGUUGAUCCAGAGUUACAUAGAAGUCUUACAUGGAUGUUAGAGAACAGUAUAGAUGGAGUACUGGAUGCUGCAUUUUCAGUGGAACACAGUAGCUUUGGAAUGUUGAAGAAUCAUGAAUUAAAACCCGGUGGUAAAGACAUUCCUGUGACUGAAGAAAAUAAAAAAGAAUACGUCCGUUUAUACGUGAAUUAUCGCUUUAUGCGAGGAAUUGAACAACAGUUUCUGGCGUUGCAAAAAGGAUUCCAUGAAUUAAUUCCACCUCAACUAUUAAGACCGUUCGAUGAGAGAGAGUUAGAAUUGGUCAUAGGUGGUUUAGGAACCAUCGAUAUUAAUGAUUGGAAAAUGCAUACACGAUUAAAACAUUGUACUCCCGAUACACCGGUAGUAAAAUGGUUCUGGCAAAUAGUGGAAUCUUACGGAGAAGAAAUGAGGGCUCGAUUACUUCAGUUUGUCACUGGAAGUUCUAGAGUUCCUUUACAAGGUUUUAAAGCUUUACAAGGAUCGACGGGAGCUGCGGGUCCUCGUUUAUUCACAAUUCACGCUGUCGAUGCGCCGAGUGAAAAUUUACCCAAAGCGCAUACCUGUUUCAACCGAAUAGAUAUUCCAGAAAGUUAUCCGAGUUAUCAGAAAAUGCUUGACAAACUCACGCAAGCAGUCGAGGAAACCUGCGGUUUUGCUGUCGAAUGAAUAGGUAAAAUGCAUAACUUCAUUUUAAUCACAUAAUUUGUGUAAUAAAAUUGCCGAAGUUAUGGGCUUUUCAUAGCAGGAAAUAGGUACUUGUCGACCGAGUUUACUGUCGUUAAAUUAAACAUUAAUUUUAAAAGUAGCUAAAGGGAAUGUUAUCUGAUGAGAAUACGAGAAGAGCUAGUAUCAUAGAAUGAGAACUGUUAAUACGUAAAAGGUCAGAAAGAAUUCUGACAACGUUUUUGUACAAAUGUCCAAAUGGCCUUGAUGGUUGUAAUGACUUCUAAAUGAUCGUCGAUUGGUAUAUGAACACUUUUGUGAUUUUCACGCUUCGUCCAUAAAAAAUUUCAACGAAUGGUUCCUCAGAAAUUUCGAUUAUAUUGGUCUUUAAUUAUUUAGUCUUCGGUGACUAAUAGAUGUAUUACAAUUUCACUGAGGUUAAUUAUGUUCUCCAUCGUACAUCUAGGAUCAAUAAUUUACUUAUAAGAUCACCAUCAAAGAAUUUUUUUAUUCUUUUCAAGAUAUAAUAGCAAAUAUAAAAAGUCAUGCAUGCACAGAAUAUGUACAGAAAAUGAAUUUUUUCACGCAACGAAAACCACUCAUCAGUAAUUAAAUACGCUCAUGUUAGUAUUUUAUAUUGAAUAAAAAUAUGAAAAAUAAAAAAAAAAUAAA